AAUGUCCCUGUACUUACUUUCGUUUAUUGCAGCUUUCUUCCAGUCGAGUGCCCCAGCGAUCUACAUGAUGACCUGGACCAAUCUGCUCUUCAUCUCCCUGCUCGCCACCCUCCUCACCCUCACAGGCUUCAGUGGGGUGGAGGGAGCAGCCGUCAGGGACGAUGGCAAAGCAGAGGAACCCAAAGGAUCAGCAGCCCGGGUCUUCAUGCCUGAGGCGGACGCCUCCAACUUUCUCAAACGCCGCAGUCGUCGCUACGCCAAACACCAGGCGGAGAUCCUUGCGGAGCAGAGGGUGAGGCUGACGGCUGAUGAGAGGAGGAGAGAGUACUACGACGAGCAGAGGAGCGAGUUUGAGAACUAUGUGGAGGAGGAGCGUGACGAGCAGAAUGAGAGGACCAGGGAGAAGACGGAGCAGUGGAGAGAGUUCCACUACGACGGCCUCUAUCCUCGCUACGACCACAACCGCCACUACGUCUGAGCAGCACCAACACAGGGGCAGGGGGGGGCGUGUCGACACAGCAAGCCUCAGUCAUGAUUGGCUGGGCCCUAGUCAUGAUUGGCCGGGCCUUAGUCCUGAUUGGCUGGCCUUGUGACCGUCACAGCUGUGUGUGUACAGAGUAGCAUCCUCUGGCAGUGUGAAGCUACACACCUCUGAAGCUGCUCCUUCCUGCUUUCCAGGACACUAGCGUUUAGCUAGCGUAAAACUAUAACUGCUCUUUUUACAAACUAGAGUCAUUCAAAUGCAUAUCUGCAGGCGUGUACAAUAGCCGAUAACAACCGGCGUGUGGUUAUUAGGCGCUUUAAAAACCUCUCGCAUGCUUAUUUGUAUCUUUUAUAUUAUCUUGUAUUUGUAUUAUUAUUGUAUAUUCUGAUUCUUUUCUUGUCUGAAGCCUAAACUACGACAGACAGCUGCUGUCAGAGUCUCCUGACAGACAGGACCACUAAGAGUCCUUACUCUGCUGGGUCCAGGUUGUCUUUAGUUAAACUGCACACACACACACACACACACACAACAUCAAAAAUACGACCUGUAACUCCGUUCAAGAACCGUUCAAUAAAGAUGAUUCCAAUUGUA